GCCUAGGCUGGGGCCGCGGCGCGGCCGCCGCUCAUUGUUCGGCGGCAGCGCCGAGCGCUCGCAGCAGCGCCGAUGGCACCGCGCAGCGCCCGCGCCCCGCAGCACCGGCGCACCCGGGAGUGCUGCAGCCCGCCAGCGCAAGAUUGAAAAAGCUUCUUGAACAAGAGACAGUGUAUCAGGCAAAAAAAGAAAAGGAAAACAACAAGAAAAUAGCUAAACUGAAAGAAGAAUUGACGAAACUGAAAUCCUUUGCUUUAAUGGUAGUGGAUGAACAGCAAAGACUCACUGAGCAGUUGAAUCAACAAAGUAAAAAAAUUCAAGAAUUAACCACUUCUACAGAACAAGCACACGAAAAGCUGACUUUUGCUGAGGCAAAAAUUCAAGAAGAGAAGCAAAGAUCCAGCAGGCUGGAGGCUGAAAUUCGCUCCCAGAGCAGUAAGGGUUCCCAAGACCAAGAAGCAAUGAUGGCCAAACUAACCAAUGAAGACAGUCAGAAUCGCCAGCUCCGGCUAAAAUUAACAACUCUCAGCCGGCAAAUCGAUGAGCUGGAAGAGACCAACAAAUCUCUGCGAAAAGCAGAAGAGGAAUUGCAAGACCUAAGGGAUAAGAUAAAUAAGGGAGAGUGUGGGAAUGCCACACUUAUGAAUGAAGUAGAAGAACUUCGGAAACGACUGCUGGAGAUGGAAGGAAAAGAUGAAGAGCUCAUAAAAAUGGAAGAUCAGUGCAGAGAACUUAAUAGAAAGUUAGAAAAAGAAGCAUCACAGAGCAAGAGCCUUAAAGGGGAAGUUGAUAAACUUAAUAAAAGAAUUAUGGAACUGGAGAAACUAGAAGAUGCUUUCAACAAGAGUAAACAAGAAUGUUACUCCCUGAAAUGCAACCUAGAAAGAGAAAAAAUGUUAACAAAACAGUUGGCCCAUGAGCUGGAUGGUUUAAAAGCUAGAGUUGGCGAGCUUGAAGCAAUUGAAAGCAAGUUAGAGAAAACUGAGUUUACACUUAAAGAAGAUUUAACAAAGCUGAAGAGUUUAACAGUGAUGCUUGUGGAUGAAAGAAAAACAAUGGGUGAAAAAAUAAAGCAAACAGAAGAAAAGCUGCAAGCUGCAACUUCUCAGCUUCAAGUGGAACAAAAUAAAGUCAUGUCGGUUACAGAAAAGCUGAUGGAGGAAAGUAAAAAGGCACUGAAAUCAAAAUCUGAUGCAGAGGAAAAAAUGUCCAGUGUUACAAAAGAAAGAGAUGAACUGAAAAACAAACUCAGAGCAGAAGAGGAGAAAGGAAGUGAUCUUGUUUCCAAAGUGAAUAUUCUAAGUAAAAGGCUUCAGUCUCUGGAAGAUGUUGAAAAAGAGUUUCUUAAAAAUAAACGUAAGGAGAGUACUAAAUCUAGCACCUCCUUGCAGCAGGAAAACAACAUAAUCAAAGAGCUUUCUCAAGAAGUUGAGAGGCUUAAGCAGAAGCUCAACGAAAUGAAGUCUGUAGAAGAUGAUCUUAUGAAAACUGAAGAUGAAUUUGAGUCUCUAGAACGAAAGUAUGUUAGUGAACGGGACAGAGCCAAGCUCCUCUCAGAGGAGCUGGAGGCUGUGAAAAUGGAAUUGGCGAGGUAUAAAUUAACAGAAAAGGCAGAAUCCAAUCAGGAGCACCUUUUCAAGAGACUCAAAGAAGAGGAAGCUAAAUCGAGCCACCUUUCCAGAGAAGUAGAUGCACUGAAAGAGAAAGUUCAUGAAUACGUGGCAACAGAAGACCUAAUCUGUCACCUGCGAGGUGAUCACACAGUCUUGCAGAAGAAACUCCUCCAGCAAGAAAACAAAAACAGGGAGUUAGCAAGGGAAAUGGAAAACCUCACAAAAGAACUGGAGAGGUACAGAUCCUUCAGCAAGAACAUCAGGCCCGGUCUCAAUGGAAAGAAAAUUCCAGAUGUGCAAGUUUUUUCUAAAGAAAUCCAAACAGAUCCAGCCGACAAUGAACCACCCGAUUACAAAACCCUCAUGCCUUUAGAGCGAACUGUCGUAAAUGGGCAGCUCUAUGAAGACAGUGAUAACGAGGAGGAACAAACAGUGUCUUUCAAAAGCAACUCGUCCACCACAAACGCCGCAAACAAAAAAUUAUGGAUCCCUUGGAUGAAGUCCAAAGAGAGCCAUCCUCAAAAUGGAAAGAUACACACGAAGCAAAAUGGAAACUGUGCACAGACUGGAGAUCUAGUGCUAAGCCAUACGCCUGGCCAACCCCUUCACAUAAAAGUAACUCCAGACCAUGGACACAACACAGCAACCCUUGAAAUAACCAGUCCUACCACUGAAAGCCCUCACUCCUACACAAGCACAGCAGUUAUACCCAACUGUGGCACUCCAAAGCAAAGAAUAACCAUUAUUCAAAACGCCUCCUUAACACCUGUAAAAUCAAAAGCAGGAGAAGGUUACAUGACCCCAGAGCAUGUAAUUUCUCCUAUUACUAUGACUACUUAUGCAAGAUCUCAGACUCCAGAAUCAUGUGGUUCUUUAACUCCUGAAAGAACAAUGUCCCCUUUGGCUUUACCAGGCUCAAGUUCUCAGGAACAAACACUCUCCUCGGAGCCUUUGGAAAUGGGAGCCAAGCAUGCUGUGUUUAGAGUAUCCCCAGACAGGCAGUCAUCGUGGCAGUUUCAGAGAUCUAACAGUACGGGAUCAAGUGUAAUAACUACUGAGGAUAACAAAAUCCACAUUCAUUUAGGAAGUCCUUAUGUCCAAGCUCUCACCAAUUCCAAGCCCAUCAGCCCUUGCAAUGCAGUGCAAGACAACAGAACUCCACCUCUAGCUAAUGGCCUACCCACUAAGCCCACCAAUAAAAUCACCAGCAGUAUUACUAUCACACCAACAGCCACUCCUCUUCCACGGCAAUCACAAAUUACAAUUACCAAUACGUUCCGUCGUUCGAUCCCAACUCGGAUCCCCAAACCCAAGCCUGCAAGCACAACCAAAGCACCUGGCAAAACUCCUGCUGGGCACCUCAACAAACCACUCCAAGACAGCCCUUCUGGAAAGAUACGCAUUGUAAGGACCGUGUCUAAAGCGUGCCUUCAAAGUGGAGGGAGAAGAGUGCAUUCCAACAGUCUAAAUGGCUCAACUGAUAAUACGUGGGAAAACUCCUUACACAUAGGCGUUUCUUUAAGAACUGCCAAAUCCUAAUUCCUAAAUAAAGCAAAAGCUGGUGGUGAUCACAGUGCCAUAGCCAGAACUGCAAUCCUUCUGCUGAAGCAAGGAGAGAUUCUGAUGCAUUCAGUUACCCGAUUUUUCCCUUUCAUUUCACAGCUAAAAGUUUACCUUAAGCACUGAGACAGUACAACACAUUAGCACUGCUGUGUGACUGUUUUUGCAAAUCCACAAGAAACCUAUGCCUUUCUCAACAGCUUCACAAGAAAUUCUCUGGAAGUACUUUAAAAAGUUUUAAAAGAUCAAUCUACUGAAAAAUUAUUUCAGCUGUGUCCUACAAGACACACCUGUGUUAAUAUGGAGACAAUAAAGAUUGACUUUUCCUCAGUAAAAAGGAAAGGCUUCCCAUUGUAUUCACUAAAUCUGCAGCUAUCAAGUUCUGAGAGUCUGUACCAUGUAUGCUCAGAUCCCAACACAGCUCACAGAAGCCCACCACUGCAAUCAGCAGAAUGAAUGUACACUGAUGGGAAGAAACCUAGAUUUCAAAAAGCAGCUGUCAGCUUGGCAUGCUUAUCAGAAAGAUCCUCAAGUACUGACCAAGUUCUAUCACAAGGAACAGCAAGUCAUUGAUGAGCCAAAAAGGAGAAACAAACCUCUUCAU